AACGGAUCAUUAGGGCACUUUGGAGCUGUUUCUCGCCAAUUUACAUUCUCUGUUAGGUUGGGAGCUCAGGAAGCAGCUGACUUCUCUCUCUCAAGGAAAGAUGUUGUUCUUUUCUUACUUUAAGGAUUUGGUCGGAAGAGAAGUGACGGUUGAGCUGAAGAACGAUUUAGCGAUUAGAGGGACUCUGCAUUCUGUGGAUCAGUACCUGAAUAUCAAGCUCGAGAACACUAGGGUUGUUGAUCAGGACAAGUUCCCUCAUAUGCUCUCGGUGAGAAACUGCUUCAUCAGAGGAUCUGUGGUGAGAUACGUCCAGUUACCACCUGAUGGAGUCGAUGUUGAUGUUCUUCAUGACGCCACUAGAAGAGAAGCAAGGGGUGGCUGAUACCAUCAUCUCUCCAACUUGAUGUGGAGAUUUGACUAAAAUGCUUACAUGUAAUGGCUUGAUUUGGAAUCUUCCAGUAGAGUUCUUCUGGUUGUAUAUACAUUCCAUGGUAUGGCCAUGAAGGGCUGUUAGAACUUUUGAUUGUCGAAGGAUUAUCCGGAUUUUUUAAUUAUCUCUGAUGGAUCAUCAUC